ACGUCACUACUUACGCUUCUUCGCCUUCGACUUCUUCUUCACCGUCUCGGCCGCCGGCACCGUCUGCUCGGGCAGCGAGAAGAGCCUCACGAGAGCAUCGUCGUCCUGGAUCUUGUGCAUCGUGUGCGAUAUUUUGCUCAUGAUCCGCGACUUCUGGUCCUCCGUGAUGUCGGGCUGUUUGGCCAGCACGCUCCACGCGAAGUCCACGGAAGACGCGCACCGCUCGUCGGUCACGGCGUCGACGUGCUGCGUGGUAUUCGUAUAAGCAAUCAAUUCGUCGAUCGACCGGGGCGGCGGCUUCUGCUCGUAGUCGCGCCCGACCGACGGCGGCACGUAGACGUACGUCGUCGGCCCCGGCGUGCUCAUGUCCCGCCUCACGAAGUCGCGCACGGCCUGCUGCAUCGGCACCUCGGCCCCCUUGGGCAUGCGGCGCAGGGCCGUGCCGUCGUGGUCGUCGAUCAUCGUGACCGAGUGCUCCAGCACGUCGCGCACGCGCGGCAUCGAUGUCGAUGGUGGCGCGUCGCCGCCCCGGCCGCGGCCGCGGCCACGCCCGCGGCC